AUGGACGGCCAAGGCGACGACAGGCCCGACAGCACCUCACUCAAGCCCGUGUCGUCGCUGAGGGCUCGAUGGGAGAACAUGGGCAAGACGAGCGAAGAUUCGAGCUCGACAUCUACACCAUCUCCAGUGCCGCCGCGGAAUGUCUCCCCAGGGCCGAAGCCGCCCCCAGUGCCCGACACGAGGCCUGUACGAGCAGUCACCCCGGAGAGAGAAGGGAAGCCAGGCGUAAGAGCAGGCAUCAAGCCUAUGGGACUGCAAAUACCUCGGUCGGAGACAGGUGCAAGUUCUGCGCUUCAAAGGACGAAUCCUCCUCCGCUCAGCCCGCGACCAUUGAGGGGCCCGCCGCCACCGGCAGUCUUCAUUGACCCUCCUCAGUCGCCCCCGAAGGGCAGAGCUACGAACGCUGCCCCUAUCCUGGAAGCGCGGCAGCUCAACGUGGAUCCGACAAAAGCUCCUGGUACCCCCACGACCUCGUCUCCGCGCUCGUUCAAGAUCCCCAGUCGGCCUCACACACCGGUGUUUGAGCCGCGCCGGUCGCCGAGGCUUUCCGCGACUUCAGGUCCCCCAUCGCCGCCUCCGCCGAGGCGUUCUGGAGAAUUGAAGAGGGACCGGGACGCAAGGGGACCGCCACCGGUGCCUCCACCUAUCAAUCGCGCAGAGAAGCCUGGUAAUCGGUUGUCACAGUUGCUCAGUCUAGACGCGCAUCGCUUUGAACCGCCUCGCGCGGCUGUUCCUGAGGUCUCGCCCUUUAGCAGCCCGCCCAGCAGUCCUGGCCGUGAGGAACCACCGCCGCCGCCGCCGCCCGCGCUCCCAGACCGCCCCUCAGAACGGCCCUUGUCGAAACCUCCACCACCAAGGAUACCUUCUGGUGUAACCAGAAAUAACACCGUUGCUGGCAUUGGUAAGAGGGAGCUUAAUGGUUAUGGAAGGGGAGUCACCAUUCCAGCCGCAGCAGAGCCGGCAGCUCCAGCUCUGCCGUCUCGGCCACAGUCUGUGAUGAUUACGCAGCCCGCAAAGAUACUCUCGGGGUCAAUGCCGCCUCCUCCACGUCCACCGCGACUAGGCGUGGUAACAUCAGUUGCCACCAUCCCGGAACAUCGUCCUUCGCCAUCAGAGCCUAAGCGGGUAGUGUCGACGCCUACCACACAAACAACACCACAGUUCGCCCCUCCUCCAACUCGAACUCACGGAAGAUCGAUGACGGUCGAUAGAACAUCAGAUCGAACGCCUCAGGAGUUCCGGGUCCCGCCAAAAAGGGUAGGUCCGGUGGCAGAAACUGGUACACGGACUACUGAAAUACUGGCCUCCGUACCUACCACCACCACAGCUCAAGGAACAACGCAGUUUCCCGAUGCUUCCCGAAUCAACAGACGGCCACCUUUCACCAAGAAAGGCAUACACGAAAUUUCUACAAAGUAUGACACGCGAAUAUUCGACGUUUGCGGGCAAUACGUAUGCACUAGUGGGCCGCUUACACGAGUCUGGAGUUUGCUUGACGGCGAGUUGCUCACGAGUUUUGCCCACGGUGAAGGCGUCAAGGCGACUGCCGUUGCCUUCAAAUGUGGCCUCCACGUAGAUGAGGAAGGGGCGCGUAUUUGGAUUGGUAAUAAUCUUGGAGAGGUGAUGGAAGCUGAUAUCGGAACACAAAGCAUUGUCGGCAAUAAAUCGAUAGCCCAUGGACGGAGCGAAAUCGUCAAAAUUUAUAGGCAUUACAACGAAAUGUGGACAUUAGACGAGUCUGGCACACUACAUGUGUGGGGACCAGAUAGUGACGGUUUACCAAACCUGAACAACCCUCCACACCAAACCUUCCGUCUGCCAAGAGGACACUCCUUUUCUAUGUUGGUGGGGGAUGAAAUCUGGCAUGCGACAGGAAAGGAGAUUCGGGUUUUUGCGCCCACCCUUGAUGGUAGGACGCAAGUUCAAGUACUCAUGCGUCCCAUGAUCGCAGAAGGCGCAUCGGAAGUCACGUCGGGCGCCCUGGUUAAGUCGCAGAAGGAUAAGGUGUAUUUCGGUCAUGCUGAUGGUAAAGUCAGCAUAUGGUCUCAGCAUGAUUUCUCCUGUAUCAGUGUGCUGAGUAUCAGCACAUACAAGAUCAGCUGCCUCGCAGGGGUAGGACGGCAGUUGUGGGCAGGCUAUAACACCGGUAAAAUCUGUGUGUACGAUAUCGACCAAUCGCCAUGGAUCGUAAAGAAGGACUGGCAGGCUCAUAACAACCCCGUGGUCAAGAUUCAUACCGAUCAAGCAAGCUGUUACAGGCUGGAUCGUCUACAAGUCGUCUCAUUGGGCGCCGACAACCUGGUGAGGUCAUGGGAUGGUAUGCUACAGGAAGACUACCUUGAAAGCGAGAUGAAACGACUGGACAACCACUAUUGCGACUUUGAGGAUAUAAAGGCAAUGGUCAUGACAUGGAACGCAGGUGCUUCUACGCCCAACAGUCUCAGAUAUUCCGACCAGGACUCUGUCUUCAUCCAGAAUCUACUGCGGUCGAGCGAUUCGCCGGAAAUUCUUAUCUUCGGUUUCCAGGAGUUGGUUGAUCUGGAGGACAAGACAGCAACGGCAAAAAGGUUGUUCAAGUCGAAAAAGAAGGAUGCCGUAACGGAUCAAGAACGAAUGAGUCACCAAUACCGAGACUGGCGCGAUUUCUUGGCAAGAAGCCUAGACGAUUUCAUGCCGGCUGACUGCCUGUACCACCUCCUCCAUACUUCCACUCUGGUUGGCUUGUUCACGUGUAUAUUUGUCAAAUCAACAAUUCGGGAUCGAAUUCGGAACUUGAGCAGCGCAGACGUCAAGCGUGGUAUGGGCGGUUUACAUGGAAACAAAGGCGCAAUCGUCGUCAAGUUUAUGCUGGACGAUACAUCGAUGUGCUUCAUCAACUGCCACUUGGCAGCCGGCCAACAACAUGCAAACAGCCGUCACAACGAUAUUGCAGCAAUCAUGGAGGGCAGUAUACUGCCGGUCGAACCAGAUCCUAAUGUUCGCGUAGACAGCUACAUUGGUGGGGGUGAUGGCACCAUGAUUAUGGACCACGAAAUCUGCCUGCUCAAUGGCGAUCUAAACUAUCGAAUAGACACAAUGUCUCGAGAUACAGUAGUCGCCGCCGUAAAGUCCAACAAUCUAGCCAAGCUGCUCGACAGAGAUCAACUGCUUGUUGCCAAGCGGCGAAACCCUGCGUUCAAACUGAGGGCUUUCGAAGAGAUGCCUAUCCAAUUCGCACCCACCUACAAGUAUGAUGUAGGGACUGAUAACUACGACUCCAGCGAGAAGAAACGCUCUCCCGCUUGGUGUGAUCGCCUCCUUCACCGCGGCGAUGGCAGGAUUCAACAACUUGACUAUAGGCGACACGAGGUACGGGUGUCUGAUCACAGGCCUGUAUCCGGCCGCUUCAAGUUUACGAUCAAGACCGUCUCCCCCAAGAAACGAGCCAUGACUUGGGCGGACUGCCAGGCGCGCUUCGAAGAUCUGAAGGAGAAGGAGGCGAACGAAGAAAAGCUACUCUAUCUCAUGCAUAUAAUUGGAUACGAUGCAGCAACAAGUACGCAGAUCAUUCGCGACAAGGCCAGUAGGAAGUUGUCGCGAAGUCCGAGUCGAGUUGCGGCCUAG